UUUAGCUGCUGCAAUGGCUUCAGUCGAGAGCUCACAUGUGUCCCAGAGCUCUUCAGCGCAGAGUGCUGAAGAGGGGGAGGAUUUUAUUCCAUCAAAACUUGGAACAAAAGAAUACUGGGAUGAUGCCUACAGGAGGGAGCUCCAGACUUACAAAGACAUUGGAGAUGUUGGAGAAAUAUGGUUUGGGGAGGGAAGUAUGAACAGAGUGAUCAAAUGGAUGGAGAAACAGAAUAUACCUGAAAAUGCUGCUAUUCUGGACAUUGGCACUGGAAAUGGAGUCUUCCUUGUAGAACUGGCCAAACAUGGUUUUACAAAUCUUACUGGGAUCGACUAUUCCAGUGCCUCCAUAGAGCUCACAAGAAAUAUUCUGGAAGAAGAAGGCUUAAUAAAUAUUAACGUUCAGGAGCAGGAUUUUCUGAAUCCUAGUGCUGAUUUGAAAGACUUUGACGUAUGUAUAGACAAGGGCACCUUUGACGCCAUUAGCUUGAAUCCUGAAGGACGAGAUAUGACAAAGCUGCAGUACGUUACUUCGCUGAGAGCUGUUUUGAAGCCGCAGGGUCAGUUUGUCAUUACCUCAUGUAACUGGACCAAAGAGCAACUUCUGCAGAUCUUCAGCCCAGGUUUUGAGUUACUGCAAGAGCUGCCCACUCCUCGUUUCCAGUUUGGUGGGGUCACUGGCAACAGUGUCACAGCUUUGGUCUUCAAAAGGCUUAGCUGACCUUUAUCAUCAUGUGACUGGCCUUUGCUUUGGAAGUAAUUCAUUUGAACUGCCUCUUGAGAAGGCUUUAGAUGUUGGAACAUUGCUGUGAGGAUUUCAUUGCAUUCAGCUACAAGAGAAUUAGUGAGGUCAGGUGCCGAUGUUGGAUGAUUAGUUAGAGAUCACAAGCAGCACUCCAAAACAUCCCAAGAUAUUGGUUAGAGCGCCAUCACUCCAAAGAAAGCACUUUCACUGCAUCAUAGCCCAAUGCUUGGGGGGAUUGAUACCUCUCUAGCUGAUGCUGGCAAUGCUUUUCUAUAGCGAUUAUACAUUGCACACUAUGUGUGCACAGCUGUGUCAGCUUUAAUGGCAGUAUUAUCAAUAGACCUCUGAAGUUGUGUAUCAUUCUGUAGUCGGAGUCACACCUAUAUUAGGAGCUCUGGGUCUAAGUAGAUUUUCUCUAUGACAAAAUGAAUGGCGUUUUCGAAAAUGUUUCAAAGCCGAUAUGUUUUGUUCUGUGUAAAUUACACAUCCUUUGUCUUAUAUUAGUAACUAUGAUAACCCAAGCAGCGCAUAUCCUACAUUUCUUUUGUAAUUCAGUUUUUUCCCCUGAUGUCCACAUGUGACAUUCAUUUUUUACAUGACCUGAUGUAUGUAAAUGAUCUAUGUUCUAAUUGGCUGUCCUGCACUGGGCCUCCUUCAAAAAGCAGACCAGGUUGAAACACUCGUUAUAACUUCAGUCUGAAUGGGCAGGGCUAAACUACUGUAGGCUGAAUGGAUGAAUAUAUGUCAAUAUGUUGAUUUUGUGGCAUCACAAAAACCAAUAAAUUCAGAUUAGGCUGUUUUUGCUGCUUCGUUUUCAUAUACUGACUGUAUAAACUGGGAAGUGAAUAGUACAUUUUGACAUACUAGCAUGUUUACAUACUGCACUUAGACUUUUAUUUUAAAAUGUAUUUUUAUUUGUACUAGGGCGCAAAAGAUC